AUGGGAAAGCUUCAUGACAUUGGAGAGGUUGGACGACUGGAGAUUAUAUCAAUCGUUGGCGCUAGUGGAGGCAGCAAAACCACCUUGGCCAGAGAAGUGUACGAUCAUCCUUUGAUGUCGCAAAAGUUUGAAAUUCGUGCAUGGGUCAAUGUUUCUCAAGAUUAUGAUAAGACUAUGAAGAGGCAUUUGUUGAUUCGUAUUCUGGAAUCAGCUUUCCUAGGAAAAUAUGAAGAUUACGAGGAGAUUAGUGAGGAUAAGUUGGGAGAAAAGGUAUACAAAUGCUUGCAAGAUAGAAAAUAUCUCAUUGUCAUGGAUGACAUAUGGGGCAUUGAAGCCUGGAAUGAUAUCCAAAGAUCUUCCCUAGGGACAGCAAGGGGAGUAAAGUCGUGUUCACUAGUCGACUACCUGUUCAAUCUGAUAGCAUCUGUUGUGUCUCUCAUCCAAUGGAAGACAAGACACUCAGACGUGUGGGAGAAAGUUGCCAAACAUUUAAGUUCAACCAUUGCCAAAAACCAAGAGGGCUGCAUGGAGAUACUAGAACUUAGUUACAAUCACAUACCCCUUCAUUUAAAAGCGUGUUUUCUUUAUAUUGGAGCGCACCCCAAAGGUUAUGAAAUCCCUGUAUGCGAGCUGAUAUGGUUAUGGAUUGCGGAGGGAUUUAUUCAGCAAAGUGAUGGGGGGAAAAGCUUAGAGGCCAUAGCAGAAGAUUACUUAAUUGGUCUUAUUGAUAGAAGUCUCGUAAUGGUAGCUAGGAAAAGUGAAUCCCAUGGAGGAAUUAAAGCAUGCAGCAUCCAUGAUCUUCUGCGUGAAUUAUGCUUGAAAAAAGCAGAGGAAGAUAAUUUCUUUGUGAAAAUUUACGAGGGAGAUUAUUUUUCACCUUCUACUACAAAUAACCGUCGUCACCUCUUCUUUGGCCAUUAG